AUGCUCGACGCAGACGACACAGUCGACGAGGAAGGCUUAGCGCGCUUGACGGAAAGCUUCCACUCAGAGGGCGGACGCGGGCGGGGAAAGAAAGUGUCGUGGAGCCAAGAGCGGCGCGCGGAGAGCCUCGGUCGCAGUCGUCAGUCCACAACGUCCCCGCCGAGCCGCAUGCACGCCUCACUCACGAUGACCGUCCCGCCAGGCGCCGCGGAGGAACUCGAUGCGCUGGUGCGGGGGAGGUCGCAGUCGCGUGACGCAAGCGGCAAUGCGGAUUGGCUCGCCUCGAAUAGGCGAAGCUCUCGCGCGAGUCGAAAGGGUGCCGGGAUGGUCUUCCUGGGUGUAUGGGCGCUCUUCGGCAUUGGGUCACUGGCGGGUGGCCAACGAGGUCUUGUGCCUAGCAUGGAAUGGAGCGUCGGGCGAGUGUUGACCAGCGCGGACAUGACGGUACCAAGCUUAGCAGGCAUAGAGUCCGCGGGCUACUCCGACAACCAGUCCCCCCAAUUAAACGAGGGUAUGGUCAUCCCUCUUCUCGUACGCGCCGAACUGCCCGAGGACUUUGGUGCUUCUGAUCAACCCGAACGGUCGACCGAAUUUAUCAUCGGUCGUGUAUCCGCCUGGGUCUGUACUACUCUAUACCUCACGUCACGAUUACCCCAGAUCUGGAAGAAUUUCAUUAGAAAAUCCGUCGAGGGUCUAUCAGUAUAUUUAUUCAUUUUCGCAUUCCUUGGCAAUCUCUUCUACGUCGCGUCGAUUCUCACGUCGCCAAAACUCGGACUUCCUGAAGCAGAAGCAACCGCUUUUAUUAAAGAGAGCAUUCCGUACCUACUUGGAAGCGGAGGGACCCUCAUGUUCGACAUAACAAUCGUCACACAAACCUUCUUGUACCGACCGAAGGCACACGGCCGCGGGCGGAGAGCCUCUCGCUCGAUUACCGAGGAGGAAGAAGGCCUCCUGAGUGCUGGCGUUACAGGCGCUCUCGACUCUGGUACACCUUCCCGUCGGCGAACAGGGAUGUCCGCGGAUCCCGACUCCACCAACGGAUAGAAGCCCCGUGGCGCUCUUGCAUAUCUGUUCUUGUCCUCGUCGCGGUCGGCGCCAGCAUAUCUCGAGCGAUGCUAGACGUGUAAUAUACACCACGCAUCGACGCUGUGCAUUGUGUAUAGUAGUAUUUAGUCUAAUCGUCUAGCCACGAAUGCUCUCAAUCCC